GGGCGGCCUUGCGCGCAGUCCUCUGGGGGGAACAAACAGUGGCAUAGACAUACAGCUCGGAGGUCCGCGCGGAUUCCUCGGAUCGGCGUUGGGGCCCCCUGGCCGCGCCUCCAGCGCCGCCCAGGGCGCGCUCCGCGCGCCCAGGGAGCGGACCUCAGAAGUUUUCGGUUUGUGCCAGUGUUUGUUCCCCUUUCCUCAGCAUAGCCCCUGCCUCCCUCCCAUGGACGGUCAGGGGGGCGGGGCCUACAUGGCUGGCGGCGCCUACGGGCAGGACCAGGGCGACUACGGCGUGGCCGGCGGCGCCUACGGGCAGGGCCAGGGUGACUACGGCAUGGCCGGCGGCGCCUACGGGCAGGGCCAGGGUGACUACGGCAUGGCUGGCGGCGACUACGGCAUGGCUGGCGGCUGCCCAGGCGACUUCGGCAUCGACGGAAAAGGCCAGGGCAUGAUGGCUCCAGGGAUGAUGGACCCGGGCAUGAUGGCCCCGGGCAUGAUGACCCCAGGCAUGAUGGCCCCAGGCAUGGCUCCAGGCAUGGGGGCGAAGAUGACCCAGGCAGAACGGAUCGAUGAGAUCGAGAAGAGGCAGAUCAAGAAGCUCAAGGCAGAUACAUACAAGCAGCGCAGAAAGGAGGGUCGCCCCAACCACGGUACGACAUCCAUGGCUUGCUUGAUCUUGGCCUCCAUAGCCAUCCUGGCUCAGACUGGGACGCUCUUCGUCCCAUCGAUGAGGUCUAACUACUAUGGGGUGUUCGGUUACGCGACCCCGAGAAGAUGGGGGUUCUUUGGUGUCAGCGGGAAGACUACGAAGUUCUGGCAUGAUAUCGCCAUGGAUACCUGUGGCUACUUCGGAGCGCUCAACGUUGGUGGAGUGUGCGCUUCGCCCAUUUGCUUGUGGUACCGGCUGAAAUGUGAAAGCUACAUGACGUUUGGGUGCAUAUCCUACGGCAUCGCCUUCCUUCUGGUCAUCUCGUAUUUUUUGCACAUCGCAUGUCUUGCGUGGACUGGGAUGCUCACUCCGAGGUCGCUCAGGUACGCUGGCAAGUGCUGGCCCAUCGUUCUGCUUCUGAACGUCACUGGCUCCGUGGCGUGGUACAUCUUCUCCGAGAACAUGUUCGAUGAGCUGAUGGCGAGGUCCUUCUAUCCCGCGCCUGAGAUCGGCGCCGGGCUGAUUGCCAGCGGAGUCUCCAGUGUACUGCUGAUGAUCUGCACGUACUGUGGCUGCGUGCUGUGGAAGAUGUGGCCCGACAUCGACCUCUCGGAAUGGGAUUCCAGCGAUGAUGAGGGCGAGCAGGAUGAGGACGACGACAAAGGCGAUUCGGACACAGACGAUGAUAGCAAAGCCAAGAAGGCGAAGGGCAAGACGACGAAUAAUGCGAAGGCCCAGGGUGGCGCGCAGGCCAUGGGAAUGCAGGCUUCCGUGCAACAGGGCUACGACAUGUCGCAGGGGCAGGCCGCCAUGGGGAUGCAGUACAUGCAGCCCCAGGAGGGUGGCGGCGACGCGGGCAUGGGGAUGGGCGCGGGCCCCGUGUACACGCCGGGCCAGGAGGUCGCCUGGGAGAGCCAGCCGGCGGAGCUGCGGAAGGGCGCCACCUACAUGCCGCAGCAGCCGGGGGCGGACAUGACGGAGCAGGCCAGGGUCGGCGCCGCCCCCGCACAUGCUCGUGCUGCGUGUGCGUCGCCCCCCCCGGGGGCGGUGCGCGCGCCGAGCAGUCUUCCAGCAUGUGCGUCGUGGCGGGCGCUUUCUGCCCACACCGCUCGGGAAACGAUGCACUACAAGAGAAGGAGGAGGAGGACCAACGGGGCACACUGAUGGGCUCGACCCGCCGCAG